CCUCUCCUCCUCUGCUAUGUGCACUCUGCUAGUCCUCUGCUGUGGUUCUGCCCCUCCUCCUCUACAAUGUGCAAUCUGCUAUUCCUCUACCGCCUGCCUCUGUUAUGUGCACUCUGCUACGCCUCUGCAGCUUUUCUCCUCCUGUUAUGUACACUCCCCUCCUCCUCUGAUAUGUGUACUGUGCUACACCUCUGCUGUACAGGCUUCCCUUCUCCUUUUAUGUUCACUGUGCUACUCAUUUGCUGUGUGCUGAUCCCCUUCUCUGCAAUGUCCACUUUGCUUCUCCUCUGUUAUGUGCACUCUGCUGUGUGCACUGCCCUCCUUUUCUGUUAUGUGCACUUUGCUACUCAUAUGCUCCAUGCCUUAACUCUUCCUUUUUUGUGUGAGCUCCCCUCCUCCUCUGUUAUCUGCACUCUGCUGCCACCCUCCUCCUGCUCUGUUAUAUGCCCUCUGCUACCCCUCUGCUGUGUGUGCUCCCCCUUCCUCCUCUGUUAUCUGCACUCAGCUACUCCUCUGCUGUGUGGGCUAUCCUUUUCCUCUGUUAUGUGCAUUCUGCUACAUGCUCCUCUCCUCCUCCUCUGCUAUAUGCAUUCUAUGUGGGCUCCCCUUCUCCUCUGCUAUAUACACUCUGCUUUUCCCAUGCUGUGUACUGCUCUCAUCCUCAGUUAUGUGCUCUCUGCUACCCCUCUGCUAUGUGCUGCUCUCCUCCUCCUCUGUUAUGUGCACUCUACUACCCCUCUGCUAUGUGGGCUCUCCUUUUCCUGUUAUGUUCACUCUGCUACUCCUCUGCAGUGUGCCUCUCUCCUCUGCUAUAUGCACUCUGUUACUCCUCUGCUAUGUGGCCUUUCCUUUGUUGUGUGUACUCUCCUUCUCCUCUGUUAUGUGCACUCUGCUACCCCUCUGCUAUGUGAGUUCUCCUUCCCCUCUUUUAUGUGCACUCUGCUAUGUGCACCUCUCCUCCUUCUCCUCUGCUAUAUGCACUCUGCUAUGUGGGCUCUCCUUCUCCUCUGUUGUGUGCACUCAGCUACUCCUCUGUUGUGCUCCCCUCUCCUUUCUUGUGUACUUCCUCCUUCUUAUUCGUGUGCAGCUCUUCUAAUCCUCUGCAGUGCGCCCUCUGUUACUCCUCUGAGGUGUGACCUCUGUUACUCCUCUGAGGUGUGCACUGUUAUUCCAUUAAUGUAUGCUAAUCCGUUACUUCUCUGUUGUGUGCCCUCUGCUCCUCAUCUGUUGUGUGCCAAGUCACCCGUCCUCCAUUUUGUUCGCUUCGCCUCUAUUGUGAACCACUACUUUGUUGGGUGCUCUCUGAUCCACCUCUGCUGGGUGCUCUCUGCUCCACCUCUGCUGGGUGCUCUCUGCUCCACCUCUGCUGGGUGCUCUCUGCUCCACCUCUGCUGGGUGCUCUCUGCUCCACCUCUGCUGGGUGCUCUCUGCUCCACCUCUGCUGGGUGCUCUCUGCUCCACCUCUGCUGGGUGCUCUCUGCUCCACCUCUGCUGGGUGCUCUCUACUCCACCUCUAUUGUGUGCACUGCUCAAUUUUGUUGCCUUCAUUGCAGAUUUCAUCAUAUUUGAUUGG